AUGUCCUCCUCUCCAUCACCGGCUUAUCCGCCGUACCAAACACAUCGCCAUUCUCAGUCUUUUGACCCAAAUACUCCGCCGGCACCGCCGCCAAAGCCCGGCAGUCAAGAGAUCAGUCUCAGUCGUCGUAGCACGCCUGCUGGCUCCCAACCCUUACCUCCUCCCCCUCCACCGCAACCAGAUGCCGCCGGCAUGUAUGGGCGUGGGUCUGAAGAUCUUCAGUCCGCACAGCAGGCCCGAUUCCAUGAGGUGACCUCGGCACAGCAGAUUCAAGAUCCUGGCGAGCAAUGGCUCCCCAAGAUGCUGGAGGGUAAAUCCAAGCAAGAUCUUACCGAUGUCUUCACAAAGCCAGAUCUCCUGGCCGCUCUGGCUCAUUCAAGCUCAACUGCCCACCCUUCGAUCACCGCCGCCCGGGAACCCUUACAGGCAGCUUUGACGGAGAACAUAGCCCUGGCUUCACACCUAAACGAGCUUGAAGCACGUCUCACGCAUUUAAGAUCCUCCACACAGGCCCAGCUCCUCUCAGCCCAUGCGCUAGAGCGGCAAUGGCGUCAGAAGCAAUCUGAUAUGGACCGCGCUCUAGCGCCCUUUUCGCCAUCAUCCCUCUAUCAGAGGCUCAGUCAAGCUGUCCAAGAGCAGGAGAUGAUUUGUCGUGCUCACGAGGAGAGUUUUCUAGAAGGUGACGGCGGUGUUGCUACGGAGCGAGAAGUCGUCGAGUGGGUCAGGAGAUACCGGGAAGCAAAGAAGGUCUACUAUUCCCGGAGGGAGCGCAAGGAGAGGUGGGAUGAAGGACGUGUCGGAGGGUGGCGAUAG